UCGGUGACACUGUUGGCAAAACAAUUAUUUGUUCUUUGGAACCUAAAUUUAAUUCAAAAACUGUUCUUUUGAACCUAAGUUUAAUUCAAAAACUACCGAAUCUAUCGUGUCUGUGAAUGUACGAGUUUUGAAUGCCAUUAUGGUUGGAAAAAACUUCAAGGCCCUCGCCCAGUUCCAUCGCCUAACCGAAUACAUAGUACAGUGCAAACAUUGUGACAAAACACUCUCCUCCAAGCACACCUCAUCGAAUCUGACGCGCCACUUACUCAGGAACCACAAGCUACUGGCCCGACAGAUUUUCGCGGGCGAAGAGGGCAAAAUGCUGGCCGAAUUGAAGGAUGAGCUGGAGGCGGCCUCCGCCAAUGAGGACAUUCACAUGAACAUGGACGAUCUCGACGGGGAUGGCGAUGGCGAUGGUGAGGGCGACGGCGAAGUUGAUCGCGAGGGCGAAACCAAGAGUGCAGUUCGUACGAUUAUUAGCGGUCAGCAGCAGUUGGAUCGGCAGAGACAUGAAGCGGAGAUGCGGAACAAAGUAAUUGGCAAGAACAACAAGCUGUGGGCGCACUUUAUCCGAAUAUCGGAGUUUACUGCCAAGUGCAAGCACUGUGCAAAGACAUUAUCCUCCAAACACUCGUCGUCCAACUUGAUGCGUCACAUCGUGCGCCGCCAUCACAAUCUGUCAAAGACCUUAGACCACUCGCAUCAUCACUUGAUGAUGCCCAAGAAGGAGAUCGUGUGCAACAUUGAUCGCAGGCAGAUGUCGGAUCCUCUGGAAAAAGUCAACUUCGAUGAUGUAGACAGCAUCAUAGAGAAGGUGGCGGAUCAUUUGGAGGACGAGGUAACUUCGAACUCGCUCCAGGAACCCUUCUACGAGUACGUCGUCGACAACACCGUGGAUGCUGGGGACAAGCAUGAUUAUCCGGAAUCGAGUGACAUGCAUGACAUGGUGCAGGCGGACUCGGCAUCGCUUUCGGAGACUACCACGCAAAUGGACGAAAAGCUGAAGGCUGAGACGAUAUACUUUAAUGAGAUGGCCGAAUUGGCUAGAUCGAAGCGGAGACUCAUUGACCUGCAGACCAAGAAGCUGCUUCUCGACAUGAACGUUGUGGAUAACUAACAAUAGUCAGACGGCACAUGGGCGGAAACGUGUUCUUAACUUAUAUAGUAGAUGCAAUUGUCGGCGAUAUGAUAAAUUAAAUAUAUAACAAAUUAUACCUAA